CUCGCUCGAUACUUCUCUGCGCGACAUUUGUGUGACGCUUUUACGUGGCAGCUUAAUGGAUUUUCAAAAAUUUGGCUUGGAUGUGAGAUGAGUUUCGCCGUCGUUCAAAUUAACAUUUAAGCUACCUUACUAACACAGCCUUGAUGCUCUUUAAAGUGGUCCUAUGCUUAUGAACGGUCAGCAUCACUCCAACACUCGAGGUGAAUGCGAAUUGUUGCCUCAGGUGUUCGCGGUCAGACGUGGCACAGCUGGCCCGCUUGGCAUCGUGAACCGUGGACCGUAGCACCCGUCAAUGACCCUUUAAGCUCCUUUAAUCGCACACACAAGCUCGCCCACAUGCCUCUAAACUCGAAACCAAAGCUUCACGGUCGCUCACCUGCAACACCGCGAACAAGAUGGACCUUUCGGCGACGCUGGAAGGGGAGCUUGCAUCGCUCAUCUGCGACCCAGAGCGCACCCUAGAAGAAACUGGGAACCUACUUCAAAAUGUACGAGAGGCUCGCCUGAGAGCUCAUCCUGAGGGUAAUGAGCUCCAAGCAGCCUUCCAAGACUCUCUUAAGCUGAAGAACAAACUGGACGUUUGGGAAAGCCAGGUCGACAUAUUUCCUUCACUUCCUCACCUCGCUGGAAUUCUCAAUUGCGAAUACCAGAUCUACAAAAUCAAUGAGGCUAUUCCUCUUAGACACAACCCCUUCCUGUCACACUGGGUCGAGACAAUACAGAGGCUGGACAAGAAGCUAGGAGAAAGCUCGACAGAGCCGAAUGAAGGGCGCUCGAAAGAUGACCGCCUCACUUCGCACCAUAUACACUCCUCGAGAGCCAAACUUGUGAAGGCGAUUUUGAUGUUCCGCAAUCUGCGCGUAAUAUCACGCAGAUCGCCAAAGGAAAUCCUUCAGCUUGUGAGCGAAGAGUCUUACACGGCAGACUUCGAUCUCCAACCUUACGUGACGAUUCUGGAAGAUGAGGGCAUCUAUGACAAGACUCCCACUCCCGAGCUUGAAGUCACACCAAAACAAAGUCCUACGGCCCUGUCGAACAAGCCUAACACAAAGGAAGCCCUCCUCACAGAGCUAGAAGUGUCUCCCGACACUGCAAUAUCUGCAAUAACACACAUGCCUCUCGACAUUCCAUCGCUUGAAAUCAUCACCUCUCUCCUCGAGAAGCAUGUCUUCGAAGACCUUAGAAUCGAGCCGCUUCCUGUACUGAGAGACUACCUUCAGCAUAGCCUCCGUCUGAUCGAGAAAAUGGGUCUCCCGGCACCCAAUAUUCCCCCUGACGGUCCGUCGAGUGCUGACGGUGGUGGACGAACCGAUUCCUUCAACGAGCAGGACAGCGACGAGGCCCUCAGCCACGACCGCGAGGCGCAGGUCCGCGCAGUGAAGCUCAUACUACUUUUCAUCCGCAACCUCGUAGUUCAUAAGAAGCUUCUUCCUCCGCAAGAGAUCUACUACGAGAUCAAUGAGAUAUGCGUGCGAUAUAUUUGGCUGAAAGAGGUUCGCGAGUUCAGGGCUUUCAUCGAGCAGGGGGCGGAUGCUAGAGAAUUGGCGGGAGCCUGGUGAGCUUCCACAUAACCUAUGGAACAAUGUGUAAGAGACGGCCUUAACAAGGAUGGAAUGAGUUGAUCGUUGACGCCGUUGCCCUCAUUUACGACGGGUACGUCAUGAAAGACGAAUACAACGCAUCGUCGAUUGGGCUCAGACCUAAAAGUGCAAAGUUGAGCCUUUUACUGCUAGAUCUCCUCUUUGUAGUCUUCAAAUGCUCU